GGCGCGCCGACUUUUCCAGAAGAGCCGUGGAGCGCCUUGCCACCACGCUGAACCGCCUGUGGGCGCUGCGCGCGGCUUUCUCCUCCUCUUCCUCUGCAGGUCCGGGCAAUGGCGGCCGUGAAGACCCUCAACCCCAAGGCCGAGGUGGCGCGGGCGCAGGCGGCGCUGGCGGUCAACAUCAGCGCGGCGCGGGGGCUGCAGGACGUGCUGAGGACCAACCUGGGGCCUAAAGGCACCAUGAAGAUGCUUGUUUCCGGCGCCGGGGAUAUCAAACUGACGAAAGAUGGCAACGUGCUGCUGCACGAGAUGCAAAUUCAGCAUCCAACAGCCUCCUUAAUAGCCAAAGUGGCAACAGCCCAGGAUGACAUAACUGGUGAUGGUACCACUUCUAAUGUCCUAAUCAUCGGGGAGCUGCUGAAGCAGGCGGAUCUCUAUAUUUCUGAAGGUCUUCAUCCAAGAAUAAUAACAGAAGGAUUUGAAGCGGCAAAGGAAAAGGCACUUCAGUUUUUGGAACAAGUCAAAGUAAGCAAGCCAAUGGACAGAGAAGUACUUAUAGAUGUGGCCAGAACAUCUCUACGUACUAAAGUUCAUGCUGAACUUGCUGAUGUCUUAACAGAGGCUGUGGUGGACUCUAUUUUGGCCAUUAAAAAACAAGAUGAACCUAUUGACCUCUUCAUGGUUGAGAUAAUGGAAAUGAAACAUAAAUCUGAAACUGAUACGAGCUUAAUCAGAGGUCUUGUUCUGGAUCACGGGGCACGGCAUCCUGAUAUGAAAAAAAGAGUAGAAAAUGCAUUCAUUCUCACCUGCAAUGUGUCAUUAGAAUAUGAAAAAACAGAAGUGAAUUCUGGCUUUUUUUACAAGAGUGCAGAAGAGAGAGAAAAACUAGUAAAAGCUGAAAGAAAAUUUAUUGAAGAUAGAGUUAAAAAAAUAAUAGAAUUGAAAAAGAAAGUCUGUGGUGAUUCAGAUAAAGGAUUUGUUGUUGUUAAUCAAAAGGGAAUUGACCCCUUUUCCUUAGAUGCUCUUGCCAAAGAAGGCAUAGUAGCUCUGCGCAGAGCUAAAAGGAGAAAUAUGGAAAGGCUGACUCUGGCUUGCGGUGGGUUAGCUUUAAAUUCUUUAGACGACCUAACUCCUGACUGUCUGGGACAUGCAGGACUUGUGUAUGAAUAUACAUUAGGAGAAGAGAAGUUUACUUUUAUUGAGAAAUGUAAUAAUCCUCGCUCUGUAACUUUAUUGGUCAAAGGACCAAAUAAGCACACACUCACCCAAAUCAAAGAUGCGAUAAGAGAUGGCUUGAGAGCUGUUAAAAAUGCUAUUGAUGACGGAUGUGUAGUUCCCGGUGGUGGAGCUGUGGAAGUGGCAAUGGCAGAAGCCCUGAUUAAAUAUAAGCCUAGCGUAAAGGGUAGGGCCCAACUCGGAGUUCAGGCAUUUGCUGAUGCACUACUCAUUAUUCCCAAGGUUCUUGCUCAGAAUUCUGGCUUUGACCUUCAGGAAACACUAGUUAAAGUUCAAGCAGAGCAUUCAGAAUCUGGUCAACUUGUGGGUGUGGACUUGAACGCAGGUGAACCGAUGGUUGCAGCAGAAGUGGGUGUAUGGGAUAACUACUGUGUAAAGAAACAACUUCUUCAUUCGUGCACUGUGAUUGCUACCAACAUUCUCCUGGUGGAUGAGAUCAUGCGAGCUGGAAUGUCUUCUCUCAAGGGUUGAAUUGAAGCUCAUCUGAAUUAUGAAGUCUACGGAAUUAUUCUAAUGGAGCUAUGGAGGUUUUGUCCAAGCUUCAAGUGAUUAUCAAAGAAAUUUCUCCCAUAUGAAAAAGGAAUGCCGGCACCUAUCAAACUGAAGUUCUGAAAUAUGAUUACAGUAUUUUUUUUUAUUGCACUGGUAUAUUCAUAAAGCAGGCCCUUUUACUCAGCAGGAUGUUUGUUUAUCUUCAGCGAUUAAAAAAUACUCAUUAGAUGAGCAUGUUACCUUGUUACUAAAAAUUCCUUGAUAAAUUAAUGGUUUAAUAGUUUCUUCUAAUGGGCAUUUUAGUUUAUCCAGUAGUUCCUUGUGUAAGCAUUUAAGUUUUAAGUUUUUUUAUGCUAAUAUAAAUGACACCCAAGUAACAUUAGGUUUUGAAAGCAUCCCUGUUUCUGGUAUAAAUUCUGAGUAAAACUUUUGGGUCGAUUGAACUUGCCUUGCUGUUGAAUUAAGUUUGCUAAAAUUCUCCCCAGAAAAUUUGAAUUUUGAUGGGUAGAAAAAUGGACUAGAGGAAAGGGAAUUGAGAGAACAACAAAUAUAAAGUGGCAGAGUAGAAACAGGCAGAGGUAAAUAUGAUUGAAGGCACAAUGAAGAGGAAACGAGUUUCAAGUGGACUACAUUUUCAUAUCUGAGCUUGUCUUGGGCUAAAAUGUCAAACCACAACCCCCUCUUUCCCUCAUCUUUUUCUCGCCCCAAAUCUUGUUUCUAUACAUAUUUCAAAAAUUUUGUUUUAAUAUACUUAGUAUAUCCUUGCACUCCCGAAGGUGAAAUGUUGGUAAGCUUUAUAUACUGUGGACAUGUCAGUUGCAUAAUGAAUGUGCAAUAAAUAGUAAACUGAAAACA